AUGACAUUAACAAAUAAAGGUGAUGAAACAACUCACAUAAAUAUGGAAACAGUCUGUGAUUUAUUGGACAAAACAUUGAUUAAUCAGUUACAUCUGAUGGAAGAGAAGAUGCGGUGUGAACUCAAUAUAGAAUCGAGCAUCAACAGUGGAAGUAUUCAUCUUGCUAAAUCUAGAUAUAUAAUGGGUCAGAAUGCAGUCAGUAUAGCAAGGUUGCCGAUGGAGAGCAGUCCAGAAUUUUCUGCAUCAACUGUGUGUGAAAUCACAGAGGUUGAUAAUAUGAAAGAGUUCAGAGUAGUUGAGAAUGAUGCUGAAAACACAGUGAAUCCAUUACAUUGGUUUGGUGUACUAGUGCCUCAAAACUUGCAUAAAGCAAAGAGUAUCUUCCAGAAUACAAUUAAUUUUGUUGUUGAAUGUGCAAAUAUUCAAAUGCGAUUACUUGAAAAUAUGGGGAACAUGGAUAUGCUGAAUAAAUACAAAGAAACAUUAAAAUCUUAA